AUGCGGCCCUUCCUCUUGCUCUUCGCCUGGCUGAUGGCAACGGCCUACGCUGCUCCAGCUUUCUUCGACAAUAUUUAUGACUACUCCGGCGAGCUGGCAGAGUUCUACAGCAAAGUGAGCGAGUAUAUCGACGAUGCAAAGGAUGUCUUCACUGCAAGAACAACGUGCGAUCCAUCCAAGAUAGCCUUACCCGCCUUUGCAUCUGGGCUGCCCUCUCCCGGCAACCAGAAGCCAAUAUAUGUCGCCGUUGGCCGCGGAACACAGAAUUACAGUUGCGCAACCUCAACCGCUGACUCGAAACCGGUGGCCAUAGGUGCCGUCGCAAGUCUUUACAACGCAACAUGCAUUGCAGCAAACUACCCAGAUAUGCUAGACAUCCUUCCCAACAUCGCCUAUAAGCUGCAGCUACCCACCGACUCAUGGACGACUCUGCCUUACGCCAACCUAAAUCUUCUUGGUCAUCAUUUCUUCCAAAAUUCGAUACCCAUUUUCAAUCUCGAUACAACUGCGCAACGACAGUACGGUAUAGCAUUUACAAAGAAGAAAGCUGAACUGGCUGCGCCGUCUUCUGCAGUCCAAGGAGCCAAUGGUGCUGUUGCAUGGCUUUACCUGACGACCACAAAUGGCACAGUUGGAGACUACGAGAGUGUAUACCGGGUAGACACUGCCGGGGGAUCGCCCCCUAAGACUUGCGAAAACCAGCAGUCAGUCAUUACAGUGCAAUAUGCAGCAAAUUACUAUUUCUUUGGGAAGUGA